UGGUAUUGGCAGGAUGAGAUACGACCGCCACACCUGUGCCCAGAUUGCUUCUGAGGGUAUAUAGACCAGGGUCCUGGGCCGGUCUUCUUCACUCGCUGGGAUCCUCCACUUCGCAACAGUCGCCCAGAAAUGCGGCGAACUCGCUUAGUGAUCCUGCCCGGUGCAAAGUGUCUGACGCGGCUAUGCUGCCUGCUGUUGUACCUCGCGUGUCCCAACAUCUGCGCGUUGGGCCGCGAGCAGCCGCAGUGCAUCAUUCCUGACCUCAACACCCCGCUGCUAGACAACAUCGUACUAGAAAAUGAUGACCCAGGAGAAAACAGAAUAUUCAGGACGACCGGAUGUGAUCUAACUUACGCGGACCUGCUUAUGACUAGGAACUCUACGUGGAAAGGAAGUGAAAGCAAUGCAUUUGUUUGUCUAUCAAAAAACAAACUACCUCUGAAACAUCACACUACUGAUACAAUCGAAAUUUUGAGUGUAGCAAACCCAAAACAGAUUGAUCGGAAGAACACAUUGGUGAAUUCCUCAAUAUUACGAAAAACAAGAAUGCUGUCCAGUGGACGGUACGAAACAAUGGAACAGCCGGCUGUUGACUCCAGAAAACGCCAGGAUCUGCAAUCUGAGCAACUAAGACGAUCAUCUAAAUCAGAGCAACGUCUGCCACAACUUACAGAGCGACUCCAAGCAAUCCGAGUGGAGAAUCGUGGUACCCAAUCGCCCCAAGUUAGACGACAUGAAACACAACUCCUAGCAGAACUUCGGGGAGACCGAUCACAUUCACUUGAACAUCGUGACGUGCGAAGACUCAUAGCACAGCGCCGAGACACACGAUCACUCUCUUCUGGACGAAUCUAUGCGCGAACGCUCUUGGCGGAACAUCGAGACACACGACUAUCUUCACCAGAACGCCGUGAAGAUCGAACAUACUUGACAGAACGUCGAGACAUUGCUGAGCGGCGUGAAGCACGAUCCCUCGCAAAACAACGACAUGAAGUACGAAUUUCACCAGCAGAGUGGCGUGAAGCACGCCCAAUUUCAGUAGAACGGCGUGAAUCACGGUUACUUGAAGCAGAACGACGUGAAGUACAAGUGUCUCAAGCUGAACGACGUGAUGUACGAGUUUCUCCAUCUGAGCGGCGUGAUACAAGGUCACUUGUAUUCGAACGACGUGAAGGACGAAUUUCUCCUGCUAAACGACGGGAAGUACGAGUUACUCCAGAUGAGCGGCGUGAAGCACGAUCAAUCGCAGAAAAACACCGUGAAUUAAGACUGUCUCCAUCUGAACGACUUGUAGUACGAAUGUCUCCAGCUGAACGGCGAGAAGCACAGAUACUCGCAGUUGAACAACAUCAAGUACAAAUUUCUCCAGCUGAACGACGUGAAGCACGGUCUCUCACAGAACAAAAACGAAUGGUUCCAACUGAACGACGUGACGUACGAAUGGCUCCAGCUGAACGACGUGAAGCACGGUCACUCGCAGAACAACGUGAGUUACGAAUGGCUCCUGCUAAACGACGUGAAUCUCAAUUGUCUCAAGCUGAACGGCGUGAAACACGGUCCCUCUCAGAAGAACGACGAGAGUUACGAAUGGCUCCAGCUGAACGACGUGAAUCUCAAUUGUCUCGAACUGGACGGCGUGAAACACGAUCCCUCUCAGAAGAACGACGAGAGUUACGAAUGGCUCCAGCUGAACGAUAUGAAGUCCGAGUUACUCCAGCAGAGCGGCGUGAAAAACGUUCCCUCUCAGAAGAACGACGAGAGUUACGAAUGGCUCCAGCUGAACGACGUGAAGUCAGAAUUACUUCAGCUAAAUGGCGUGAAGCACGAUCAGUCACUGAAGAACGACGUGACUUACGACUGGCUCCAGCUGAACGACGUGAAUCUCAAUUGUCUCAAACUGAGCGGCGUGAAACACGUUUCCUCUCGGAAGAACGACUUCAUGUUCGUCUGUCUCCAUCUGAACGUCGUGAAAUACGAGUUACUCCAGUUGAACGCCGUGAAGCACGGUCACUCACAGAACAACGUGAGUUACGAAUGGCUCCUGCUGAACGACGUGAAUCUCAAUUAUCUCGAACUGAGCGGCGUGAAACACGGUCCCUCUCAGAAGAAAGACGAGAGUUACGAAUGACUCCAGCUGAACGACAUGAAGUCCGAGUUACUCCAGCAGAGCGACGUGAAAGACGUUCCCUCUCAGAAGAACGACGAGAGUUACGAAUGGCUCCAGCUGAACGACUUGAAUCUCAAUUGUCUCGAACUGAGCGGCGUGAAACACGGUCCCUCUCAGAAGAACGACUUCAUGUUCGUAUGUCUCCAUCUGAUCGUCGUGAAAUACGAGUUACUCCAGUUGAACGCCGUGAAGCACGGUCACUCGCAGAACAACGUGAGUUACGAAUGGCUCCUGCUGAACGACGUGAAUCUCAAUUAUCUCGAACUGAGCGGCGUGAAACACGGUCCCUCUCAGAAGAAAGACGAGAGUUACGAAUGACUCCAGCUGAACGACAUGAAGUCCGAGUUACUCCAGCAGAGCGACGUAAAAGACGUUCCCUCUCAGAAGAACGACGAGAGUUACGAAUGGCUCCAGCUGAACGACUUGAAUCUCAAUUGUCUCGAACUGAGCGGCAUGAAAUACGUUCCCUCUCAGAAGAACGACGUCAAGUUCAUGUGUCUCCAGCUGAACGAAGUGAAAUACGAGUUACUCCAGUUGAACGCCGUGAAGCACGGUCACUCGCAGAACAACGUGAGUUACGAAUGGCUCCAGCUGAACGACGUGAAUCUCAAUUGUCUCGAACUGAGCGGCGUGAAACACGGUCCCUCUCAGAAGAACGACGUCAAGUUCGUAUGUCUCCAUCUGAACGAAGUGAAAUACGAGUUACUCCAGUUGAACGCCGUGAAGCACGGUCACUCGCAGAACAACGUGAGUUACGAAUGGCUCCAGCUGAACGACGUGAAUCUCAAUUGUCUCGAACUGAGCGGCGUGAAACACGGUCCCUCUCAGAAGAACGACGUCAAGUUCGUAUGUCUCUAUCUGAACGAAGUGAAAUACGAGUUACUCCAGUUGAACGCCGUGAAGCACGGUCACUCGCAGAACAACGUGAGUUACGAAUGGCUCCAGCUGAACGACGUGAAUCUCAAUUGUCUCGAACUGAGCGGCGUGAAACACGGUCCCUCUCAGAAGAACGACUUCAUGUUCAUAUGUCUCCAUCUGAACGUCGUGAAAUACGAGUUACUCCAGUUGAACGCCGUGAAGCACGGUCACUCGUAGAACAACGUGAGUUACGAAUGGCUCCUGCUGAACGACGUGAAUCUCGAUUAUCUCGAACUGAGCGGCGUGAAACACGGUCCCUCUCAGAAGAACGACGAGAGUUACGAAAGACUCCAGCUGAACGACGUGAAUCUCAAUUGUCUCGAACUGAGCGGCGUGAAACACGGUCCCUCUCAGAAGAACGACUUCAUGUUCGUAUGUCUCCAUCUGAACGUCGUGAAAUACGAGUUACUCCAGUUGAACGCCGUGAAGUACGGUCACUCAUAGAACAACGUGAGUUACGAAUGGCUCCUGCUGAUCGACGUGAAUCUCGAUUAUCUCGAACUGAGCGGCGUGAAACACGGUCACUCGCAGAACAUCGUGAGUUACGAAUGGCUCCAGCUGAACGACGUGAAUCUCAAUUGUCUCAAACUGAGCGGCGUGAAACACGGUUCCUCUCAGAAGAACGACUUCAUGUUCGUCUGUCUCCAUCUGAACGUCGUGAAAUACGAGUUACUCCAGUUGAACGCCGUGAAGUACGGUCACUCAUAGAACAACGUGAGUUACGAAUGGCUCCUGCUGAACGACGUGAAUCUCGAUUAUCUCGAACUGAGCGGCGUGAAACACGGUCCCUCUCAGAAGAAAGACGAGAGUUACGAAUGACUCCAGCUGAACGACAUGAAGCCCGAGUUACUCCAGCAGAGCGACGUGAAAGACGUUCCCUCUCAGAAGAACGACGAGAGUUACGAAUGGCUCCAGCUGAACGACGUGAAUCUCAAUUGUCUCGAACUGAGCGGCGUGAAACACGUUCCUCUCAGAAGCGACUUCAUGUUCGUAUGUCUCCAUCUGAACGUCGUGAAAUACGAGUUACUCCAGUUGAACGCCGUGAAGCACGGUCACUCGCAGAACAACGUGAGUUACGAAUGGCUCCAGCUGAACGACGUGAAUCUCAAUUGUCUCGAACUGAGCGGCGUGAAACACGGUCCCUCUCAGAAGAAAGACGAGAGUUACGAAUGACUCCAGCUGAACGACAUGAAGCCCGAGUUACUCCAGCAGAGCGGCGUGAAAGACGUUCCCUCUCAGAAGAACGACGAGAGUUACGAAUGGCUCCAGCUGAACGACGUGAAUCUCAAUUGUCUCGAACUGAGCGGCGUGAAACACGUUCGCUCUCAGAAGAAAGACGUCAAGUUCAUUUGUCUCCAGCUGAACGCCGUGAAAUACGAGUUAUUCCAGUUGAACGCCGUGAAGCACGGUCACUCGCAGAACAACGUGAGUUACGAAUGGCUCCAGCUGAACGACGUGAAUCUCAAUUGUCUCGAACUGAGCGGCGUGAAACACGGUUCCCUCUCAGAAGAAACGACGUCAAGUUCAUAUGUCUCCAACUGAACGCCGUGAAAUACGAGUUACUCCAGUUGAACGCCGUGAAGCACGGUCACUCGCAGAACAACGUCAGUUACGAAUGGCUCCAGCUGAACGACGUGAAGCACAAUUGUCUCGAGCUGAGCGGCGUGAAACACGUUCCCCUUCAGAAGAACGACGUCAAGUUCGUAUGUCUCCAGCUGAACGUCGUGAAACACGAUCACUCACAGAAGAACGUGAGUUACGAUUGGCUGCAGCUGAACGACGUGAAUCUCAAUUGUCUCGAACUGAGCGGCGUGAAACACGGUCCCUCUCAGAAGAAACGACGAGAGUUACGAAUGUCUCCAGCUGAACGUCGUGAAAUCCGAAAAGACGUGAGUUACGAAUGGCUCCUGCUGAACGACGUGAAUCUCGAUUAUCUCGAACUGAGCGGCGUGAAACACGGUCCCUCUCAGAAGAACGACGAGAGUUACGAAUGGCUCCAGCUGAACGACGUGAAUCUCAAUUGUCUCGAACUGAGCGGCGUGAAACACGUUCCCUCUCAGAAGAACGACUUCAUGUUCGUAUGUCUCCAUCUGAUCGUCGUGAAAUACGAGUUACUCCAGUUGAACGCCGUGAAGCACGGUCACUUGCAGAACAACGUGAAUUACGAAUGGCUCCUGCUGAACGACGUGAAGCACAAUUGUCUCGAGCUGAGCGGCGUGAAACACGUUCCCCUUCAGAAGAACGACGUCAAGUUCGUAUGUCUCCAGCUGAACGUCGUGAAACACGAUCACUCACAGAAGAACGUGAGUUACGAAUGGCUCCAGCUGAACGACGUGAAGCACAAUUGUCUCGAGCUGAGCGGCGUGAAACACGGUUCCCCUUCAGAAGAACGACGUCAAGUUCGUAUGUCUCCAGCUGAACGUCGUGAAACACGAUCACUCACAGAAGAACAACGUGAGUUACGAAUGGCUGCAGCUGAACGACGUGAAUCUCAAUUGUCUCGAACUGAGCGGCGUGAAACACGGUCCCUCUCAGAAGAACGACUUCAUGUUCAUAUGUCUCCAUCUGAACGUCGUGAAAUACGAGUUACUCCAGUUGAACGCCGUGAAGCACUGUCACUCGUAGAACAACGUGAGUUACGAAUGGCUCCUGCUGAACGACGUGAAGCACAAUUGUCUCGAGCUGAGCGGCGUGAAACACGUUCCCCUUCAGAAGAACGACGUCAAGUUCGUAUGUCUCCAGCUGAACGUCGUGAAACACGAUCAGUCACAGAAGAACAACGUGCGUUACGAAUGGUUCAAGCGGAACUACGUGAAGCUCAAUUGUCUCGAACUGUGCGGCGAGAAACACGUUCCCUCCCAGAAGAACGACGUCAAAUUCGUAUGUCUCUAUCUGAACGACGUGAAAUACGAGUUACUGCAGUUGAACGCCGUGAAGCACGGUCACUCGCAGAACAACGUGAGUUACGAAUGGCUCCAUCUGAACGACGUGAUGUCCGAGUUACUCCAGCUGAGCAGCGUGAGACACGAUCAGUCACAGAAGAACGAAGUGAAUUACGAUUGACUCCAGCUGCACAACGUGAAGUCCGAGUUACUCCAGCUGCACAACGUGAAGCUCAAUUGUCUCGAACUGAGCGGCGUGAAAGACGGUCCCUCUCAGAGGAACGACGAGAGUUACGAAUGGCUCCAGCUGAACGACGUGAAGCUCAAUUGUCUCGAGCUGAGCGGCGUGAAACACGUUCUCUCUCGGAAGAACGACGUCAAGUUCGUAUGUCUCCAUCUGAACGACGGGAAGUACGAGUUACUCAAGCUGAGCGCCGUGAAGCACGAAUUUCUUUGUCAGAACAUCGUUACAGUCUAAUAGAACGUCGUGUAACCCGAUCUUCUUUGGCACACUUACUUGGAUCAGAACAAAAAGAACUAUCUUCUCUAUUAGAACGUAGUCAUGACCGAUUUUCCGUUGCAGGACGCCAUGAGGACCGUAUUAUACCGGUAACUCGACGUGCGUUAUCCUCAGGACGACAUUAUGCCAGUUCUGCUAUUUCUAAACUACAUGACACCCGACUAUCCUCAAUGGAACAUCGAAAUCGGCGAUUUACCGUUGCAGAACACCGUAUCUUAUCGUCUCUGGAGUCUAAGAAUUCGUUAAUUUCGGACCUAAAGUAUCAAUCUCUGGUCUCCUAUAUCUUGGAUUCACAAGUUAUUAAAAGCUCAUAUGAAAACAUUUUGCACAAUAACUGGCUUCAGGUUGUUACAGCAAUCCUGUACGUUCUGGCAAUUUCCUCGAUGCAGUGGAACAUUUACGAGGACGACUUGAAAAAACAAAAAUCAAACAAUUCUGGAACUGAAACCUUCAAAUGGACUACAAGACUGGCUGGCUGUGUCUCUCGUGCCCUCUACACAACAAGUAACUAAUCUCUCUUCGACAAUGUGGACAUCCUAUCGAUACUCAUUAAAUGUCUGUAGUCUAGUCGUCCAUUCCUAUCGUAAAAAGUAGUGGCAGCUAUACCUUAUUGUAAAUUCAAUUUAUUAAGUACUAUCUUAAUGUUUCAAAAAUUAGCCAAACCUAGAAAAGAGUUUUCUUCUAUUAUGUGCUACACUAUACACAGUUACCCUCACUUUCGACUGCUUUGACUCAACAAUACGUUGUAAAAACUGUAAAAUAUUGUUAUUUAUGUAGUCCAAUAUUUUUGAUAGAACCAAAAUAUAUAGGAGAGAGGAUUGAACAAUGUGAUAUUAGAGUUAGAAGUUAAGAUGUUGUACAUCUACAGUUUACGGGAUAAGGUAACAAGUUUAAGAAUGUUUUAACCUAUAACUGGUUUCAAUGUUUUUAGCUUCAAGCAAUAUACUUCCCAAAGGAAUCCAGUACCUAAACGUUAGAUUAACCUUUGUUCUCUUUACUAAUGUACACAUUAGAACAGGUUUUAUUCAUAGACUCGUUUUAUAAGCUGUUAUAUUUUAGUACCAAAAUCAAUAAGGAUAUGUUAAUUUUGUAAACUUUAAUACACGUAUUGAAAUUGUACUUAGAAUUCAAAUAUUUAUAUAUAUUUAUUCUUAUAAUAGUUCCUUAGCAUGCGAACCUGCAUAGUGUGUUACCCCAAGUUGAUAUAAUAGUAGUAUUUAUAUUAAAUGUAAGCAAAUUA